UAUUUCUUCUCCAUCUUGCAUUAUCUCCACCAUGUAAUGCUCUUCCAUUAUGUCAUUGAAUACUGCCAUUUAUGUGAUACAGCCAGGUCUAUUUGAAAGACACUUAUCGGGCAUUGAGAGUAACGUUACAUUAAGUAAUAAUUAAUGAGCAGGUGCACAAUUAACCGUUUCGAGGACAUCGUGUUCCAUUGCCCAUUUGCGACUGGGAAUUAAUAGUGGACCUUAAAAGAGUAAUAUUUAGUGUAAACAUAGUCACAAACGAUUCUAGCUGGAGGCAAACGAGGCGUUCCAUUCCCUCCUCCAUUGUGUUGAAGUGCCAGGGGUAGUGAAGCCACUUUACUGACACGACGGGGCCAAGAUGGAUGUUUUUAUGAAGGGGCUUUCUAAAGCUAAAGAAGCUAUGGACGUGGCCGCCGAGAAGACCAAGGAAGGAGCGGCUAUGGCUGCGGAGAAGACCAAGGAAGGAGUCAUGUUUGUGGGGAGCAAGACCAAAGACAGUGUUGCAACAGCUAAGGAGCAAGCCACGCAGCUCGGGGGCGCAGUAAUGUCAGGUGCCGGGAACAUUGCUGCAGCCACUGGCCUGGUGAAGAAAGAUGAAUUCCCCUCCGACUUGAAUCCGGAGUUUGGUCAGGAGGCCACAGAGGAGCCAGCGGGUGAGCGGCUCAUGGAGCCUGAGGGCGAGACAUACGACCAGACUCAACAGGAGCAGACCCAGGACUAUGAGCCUGAGGCGUAAGCCUACCAUCCCAGCGUCCAGCCAGCAGCACAAUAAAGGUUUAUAUCAAUACCAAGGACACAUGCUGACCCCAUCACAAUAACCCCGGUUGCAAAAAAAACCCAGCUAAAAAUCCACAAGCAAAACACCCACACAAACUAAAUAAAACAUUCCUGCCGAGAGAAAAAAAAAGUUCUUCCUAACAGAAAAUACUUUUAUUAUGAUCUAUUGUAAAUGUCAUGGUAUUACUGUAAUGUGCUGGGUGUAGUUUUAUUAUCAACAUGGGCAGCCUGGCCUCGUUCCCUUGAAUCCCUCCCAAGGAAAUGAGAUCCGCAGCCCAUUUGUGAAUCUUUGUACGUGUAUCUGUAUUUAUAUAUUUGUGCAAUAGAUUAUUUGAUCUUCCAAUGCACAUAUUGGGGGAGAAAAGAAUCUUUGGGUAAAUGAAUACAAAAGCAACAAUAUUCUAUAGCUGUGUACAACGCCUGUUUGUGGGUUCUCUUUUUUCAUUUACUAUUGAAGGAAGUUGUUGAUUUUAAUGUUUUUCAAGUAAGAGUUUUAUACAUUGUACCUUUAUAGUUGCUUGUGAUAUCAUUUCAGUGAGGUAUCUGUCAGACUUGGGCAACUUCUCUAUGUUUGUGCGUGCGUGUGUAUGUGAGGUGUGUUUGUGAAAUGGCGAAUUAACAAGUCAAGUCUAAAUGUGUCUUGAAAUCUCAGUGGAUGUCAGAUCAAUAUGUGCUUUACAAUGCUGGAAAUGUUGAUAUAAAGGUUUCUGUGUCAAGCAAGACAUACAAAUCCUCUGUAAAUAAAAAAAGGAAAAAAGAAA